GCGCCCCAACAAUAGAGUGGUACGUACCAUUGUUACUGAAAAUAACGGGGACAUUUUCUUUUGGAUGGACGUCAUUUAACUGAAUUAGUGUUGUUAAGUCUAUAUGUGUUACAUAUAAGUAAAACGAGGGAUUUAUUUUUGAUGAAGACACAGCUCUUUGCUUAAGUGGACUUAAUUUAUUCUGCCACUUCCGACAUUAUCCUCGCAGAGAGUCCCUUUGGAUAGAAGUGCCAGGUUCGCCUCCGCCGCCUCUUCCAGCAGGAGUACAUUUGAUAUCAGAGACAGUACAAUCAUGGAUCCGACCCGGGGAUUUAAAUUUCUGGACACGGUGGCACGCUCCGCUGCUCAGUGAGGAUGGCAAUGAAUUAAGAGGGGUUUUAGCGAACGUAUCAGGUAGCGCCGCCGCAGCAGAAGGAUGCCGCUGGUGAAGCGCACCAUCGAGCCGAGGCACCUGUGCCACACGGUGCUGCCAAGAAACAUCAAGAACGAGCUGGAGUGUGUGACUAACAUCUCCUUGGCCAACGUUAUACGCCAGCUCAGCAGCCUCAGUAAAUAUGCAGAAGACCUGUUUGGAGAGCUGUUCAACGAGGCCCACUCCUUCUCCUUCAGGGUCAACUCCCUGCAGGAGCGCGUGGACCGCCUCUCCAUCAGUGUCACACAGCUGGACCCCAAAGAGGAGGAAUUGUCUCUUCAGGACAUUACCAUGAGGAAGGCUUUCAGGAGCUCCACUAUUCAGGACCAGCAGCUGUUUGACCGCAAGUCGCUGCCCGUCCCGCUCCAGGAAACCUUCCAGACCUGCGAGCAGCCGCCACCCCUCAACAUCCUCACACCCUACAGGGACGAUGGGAAGGAAGGUCUGAAGUUUUAUACAAAUCCAUCGUACUUCUUUGACCUGUGGAGAGAGAAGAUGCUGCAGGACACCGAGGACAAGAGGAAAGAGAGACGGAAACAGAAGUUGCAGGACCCCCGCAUGUAUGAUCAGGUCUAUAGGUACUUAGACCGUCCAGGGCAGCUGAAGGCCAUAGACCGUCCGCCGGAGCCCGAGAAGGUGCCGCGUGCGCCUCACGACCGCAAGAAGGAGUGGCAGAAGCUGGCGCUGGGCGCGGAGCUGGCCCAGGACAUACCUGAGGACAAGCACCGAGAGGCCAACGGCUCUGCCGGUUACCACGACAACAGGGCCAACCUGUACAUGGAGCAGCUGGACGGGCCCUUCUCGCUGGCGGCGCUGCCGUACACGCAGAUGAACGAGCUGCUGAGCCGCACCGGCGACAGAAUGUACACGCGGCCGCACGACUCGCCGCCGCCGCCGCCGCCCGUGCACCCGCUGGGAGAGAUCAAGCCGCCGUCUGUGAUCAGCUCCAGUUCGGGCUUUUCCGACAGCAGACCCCAGUCUCCGGCGCGGACCGCGGGCCUCAACUCCAACACCCCCCCUCCACCGCCUCCCCCCCUCCCUCCCCCGCCUCCCCCGUUGCCCUGCGCGGGCCUACGGGGCACCCCUCCGCCCCCCAUCCCCCCCCUGCCCGUGCAGCAGCAGCCGCCGGCGAUCCCGCCGCCGCCCGCUCCCCUCCAGAUCGCCCCGGGGGUGCUCCACCCCGCCCCCCCGCCCGUGGCGCCGCCCCUGCACUCCUCCUCCCCGGCCCGUCUCCAGCAGAUCCUGGACAAAGGCGGGCAGUCCGACAGCGCCGUCCUGCCGCCCCCCCCUCCGCCGCCGCCCCUGCCGCUGCCCGGGGCGCGGAGCUCGUCCCCGUGCCCGUCGGGGGCGCCGCCGGUGCCGGCGUUCCCGUCGGCGGGGGCCAUGGCCUCCUCGCUGUCGCACGCCGUGCACGACGUGGGCGCCAAGAGACACCACCCGGCCAACCUGCCCCCCAUCAGCGACGCGCGCAGCGUCCUGCUGGAGGCCAUCAGAAAAGGCAUCCAGCUGCGGAAGGUGGAGGAGCAGCGGGAGCAGGAGGCCAAGCACGAGCGAGUGGGCAACGACGUGGCCACCAUCCUGUCACGCCGCAUCGCCGUGGAGUACUCGGACUCCGAGGACGAGUCCGAGUUCGACGAAGGCGACUGGAUGGAGUGACGGCGGACGCGUUGCGGUCCUCCCUUCCUGUCCAGCUCCUCUCUCAUCUCUGUCUCGUCGUGGUUUGUGUUCGGAGGCGACUCCUCGUGUUCCAAGACAAGUUCUUUCAUUUCUGCACUUCCACACAAAACUUGUUUCUUAUGGACUUCUUGUGACAGAAACCCCCAUGUUUGCUAUUAUUAUACAUGAAAGACUCAAGAACCACUUGUUUUUUGUUUCAUAUCUCUGUGUCAAUGUUAGAAAAAAAAAACGAGAAUAAGAAAAUGAAAAAAUGAAGGCAUGCUGCAUAAGGCAUUAGUUCUCCAGCACAGUUCUGCCCCCUGGUGGCUCGACGUGGCAUUGAAUGAGUGAUGUUUUCGUUUUCUCAUCUGUCCUUUAGCCUUUUUCUGCCGGAGCGCUCCAGUCUCUCCAGAUACCGUGUGAAAAAUCAGCCUGUUGUGUUGUUUCCUUGUCAUCAGCACUGACUCUAUUCACCGCUGGUACGUCGUCAUGCGACGAUAAGGAUGUUAAAGCAUAUUCACGUACACAUUGGCCUCAAGCCCAGGGAAAUGUAUGCCAUGAGAUUGAACCUGAGAGCGGCCUGCAAAGAAGACCACGGUGACGCGCUGAGUCAUCGUUUUGGAUACGAGCUCCUGUCCUUCUUUUUAAACAGACGCUGAACGUCAGUAGAUGGUGUAGAAGUACAGAAUAUUUCCAUCUCCAGGUACAAGCCUCUCGGCCCCACUAAAGGCAGCUGCCCCCCCCCCCCCGACCGCCUCUGACGAGAAGCCUUACCUCGUUUGGGUCUGUUGUCCAGAAGGAAGCGUCCCGCGUGAUCCUGCCUACGAGACGACCACACACUCUGCCUUGGUUCCAACGCGUCCGCCAUCGUUCUCCAUCCGUUCGUCCGCUCUUUCUUCUACUUGCCUUAUUGUUCGUACAAAGCGUAUCGUUGAGUUGAUGAAUGUACUGUGCUGUUACUACUUACUUGCCUGCGCUUUUAUGGAUUUGCCGUUUCUAUGUUUGGGAGGAAAAAGGGAUGGGGAAGAACUUGGUUUAAAAAAAAAGGUAAGAUUAGAUCAAUACUGUAUAACAAUUAACUUAUGUAACUGUUGACUGUAACAGUUUGCUUGAAAUGAUUAAAACCUAAUGUUAUGUUUCAGCA